AGCCAGCUGCAAUAAAUCACUCUGACCAAGAGAUCAUGAGUUCGAGGCCAGCCCAUGGUGGGGUGAUCACCCUGACUGCAUUGUAGUAAGUAGUCUUCAGAUGAACACCCAGAGUGGAUUAACCACCCCACUGAUAUGGAAGUUGCCAGCCACUCCUGUAUGUAGGCCAAGGAUCUGUGCCAAUAAAUCCUAGCAUGACUUUACAUUAUACUGUGCCUACCACUGUAUCUAAAUAUAGAGUUUCUUAUAUUGUGCCCAGUGCACAGAGGUGAAAGGACCAUCCCAAGGCCCACAAAGAUGAAAAGGCUGGACUCAUGACCACAAGCCUACUCACAUCUGACUGCAGGUUGAAAUCAAGCAGAGGAGUAUGAGACAAAAAUUCAUGAGAUCAACUAGGAAAUGUCAUGGUUCAGCAGGAAUAGUAACCUGCAUUUCUAUUGUCUCAUUCUGCAGAUGUAAGAGCAAAAAAAACCCACAUCAGUUAACUAGAGUUUGCAAACUAUAGAUAUCAUGGUGCUCUAGUACAUUUACAUGUUUUUACUGAUUCUACAAAUGUAUUCUGCUGUCACAAGCCACAGGUGGGGGAAACCACUAUUUAGUUGUGCCAUUCCUAAACACUAUAAAUGAUGUUCACAAUCUCUUCUCCCAGGAGUUUCUGCAAUGUCCCAUGAAUUGCCCGCACAUAUCCAUGUCUAUCCUUACAAUCCUAAGAAUGGCAAAUGCAUUUGGUAAAAAUAACAAGAGAAUAGAGACUCUCAAAGAUGUCUGAGCCAGUGCCAAAUUCCAUAUCUGUACAAUGUGAUGGUAAACAUAUCAAAUACAUUAAACCAGGAGGAAAGGAAUUUUGAAGACACAUCUUGAAGCAGAAAAUAAUAUCUUUGAAACAAUGUGUAGCCAAAGAAGCAGGCAUAGCAACUAACAAGCCUCCAACAAUCUCUUUCAGAGGAGAGCAAAAGAAAUAUGAAGGGAUGCUCUUUUGAUUUCACAUCUCUAACUAGGAUCUGCCCUUCUUUCUGGCUGAGCUCAUCCAAUCCUUACUCUUGCCUUGAUGUGGGCAGCACAUCCUAUCCCCUCCUCCAUCCACCCACAGCACCUGCACCUUCCGUAAAAGUGUCACAAGAAAUCAUAAGGCUUCCAGUUUGUGUCCUGUUGCUGUAUCAGUGCAAGACUUACAUGGCUGCAACACUCAGUUGGUGCUGCUCUAGAGCCUUUGAGCCCUGCUCCCAAUUUUCUUACUUUGUUGUCUGGUUUGCUGUAUUGGCCAGUGCCUCUGCAACAACUGUGACCCAAGAGCCCCUCUUUGCUAGCUUCUUGCAAGGACAGAAGCUUUCAUUCAGCUGUUCACACUCAACAACCUCAAGCUAUGAUUUCUAUUGGUAUCGUCAACUGCCUGGAAAGACAGAGCUACAGCACCUCGGGACCUUGCAGUAUUUUACAGAUACAUGGACUGAGGAGUUCAGCCAUGAGCCAAAGAACUGGUUGGAAGCGAAAUGGCUUGGAGUUGGAAAGAAGGAAAUGAUUCUGCACCUUGAGAAUCUUCAGGCUGGUGACACAGGACUGUAUCUGUGUGCUGCAAGGGACACAGUGAGAGAGGCAAGAACUGGGGCUGGCACAAAACAGAGUCCCAGGAAGGAAGGAACCACCUCUGCUGACAACUCUGCUAGUAUCAUAAACACACAAAGCCACUCCGUUGAACCUGUGGGCUUGACCCUCCUGAAAAUAUAAGGUAUAUUAGAGUGAGAAUUUAUUUUCCCCAUGAAGGGCUGCAUGUCCUUGGGGAAUAUCUCCCCAAUGUCAAUGAUUGAUAGAGUCUGAAGCCACACGCAAUCUCAGGAUCUCCCUUCCUAUUCCCUUCUCUGACAUCCCCUUUAUAUCUCUCUCUCUUUCUUCCAGCUAGGCCUGGAGAUGCCUGCAACUAAACCUGGGGCUUUCUGUAGGUAAGCCUCUUUUAAGUCAUCUGGGUUUUAAUUAAAAACUGUCUUAUACAUUUUAAUCUCAUCAAAUCAUUGUUAUAAUUGUUAUUUUUAAAUUGAUUUUAUUGUAAACCAGACUG